GAACCUGGGAGACCAGGGGGAGGGUCUACGUCGUUCAUUGGCCACACGUGACGGUAUCCCCGCCCUUCCCUCCGUCUCUUCCCUGUUUCCGGGUCCUCGAGCAUUUCCAUUGGCCGAGGCACCGGUUACCCGUGACACAGCUCGUUUUUCAAAAUUCCUAUUUGUCCGCUCGCCUCGCGUUCAACCCGGAAGCGCCAGCCCAACUGCUUUCCUAUUGGCCCUGCCUACAUUCACGUGACUUCAGACACGCCCUCAAAGCCGGUCCUGAGGACUUGCUUCCUGGUUGAUAGCCAAGCGGCCCACGUGAUUGGCCGCCACCGCCCGCUCCCCCUGCUCCCCUAUUGGUUGGGGCUGCCUCUCUCCAUCUCCCUCGGUGAAGACGCCGCGUUUCUGCUGGGUAGCGGAUCCCGCGGCUUCGGAGCUUCGGUGACCCGCUCGGCGCAUGGCGUCCCAGGGUCGUCGGCGGAGGCCGCCGCGGAGGCCCGAGACGGUGGUGCCGGGGGAGGCGGCCGAGACGGACUCGGAGCUCUCCGCGUCCUCAUCGGAGGAGGAGGAGCUGUACCUGGGCCCCUCGGGCCCGACGCGCGGCCGCCCCACGGGGCUGCGGGUGGCCGGGGAGGCCGCGGAGACCGACUCGGAGCCGGAGCCGGAGCCGACGGCCGCGCCGAGGGACCUGCCUCCGCUGGUGGUGCAGCGGGACACGGCGGGGGAGGCCUGGGCCGCGGAGGAGGUCCCGGCGCCCGCCCCCGCGCGCUCGCUGCUGCAGCUCCGGCUGGCCGAGAGCCAGGCGCGGCUGGACCACGACGUGGCGGCCGCCGUGAGCGGCGUGUACCGCCGCGCGGGCCGCGACGUGGCCGCCCUGGCCGGCAGGCUGGCGGCCGCCCAGGCGGCGGGGUUGGCGGCGGCCCACAGCGUGCGCCUGGCACGAGGGGACCUCUGCGCGCUGGCCGAGCGCCUGGACAUCGUGGCCGGCUGCCGCCUGCUGCCCGACAUCCGCGGCGUGCCGGGGACCGAGCCGGAGCAAGACCCGGGACCGCGGGCCUAGCCUUGACCCACUGCACCGCUGGACUCUGCGCCCUGGGGAUAGGCCUUGCGGCCUAGGACCUGGCUUCGUACCCUGUGAAGCCCCCUCGCAUCUCCCUGUCACUCUCAGGACUAACCCCGCCCCCUGUAUAAUACUGUGUGUCAGGUGGAUAAUGUGUUCAUCUUCUGGCGCGUAGCCCAGCCCUGCCCUGCCCCUUGCAUCUGUUCCUUCCUCUGGUCCUGGCCCUGCUCCCUGGUUCCGAGCCUGUCUCUAAGGCUUGGCUCCAGCCCCUGGCUAACUAGCCGCUCCUUGAUGUGUCUCCAUCCUGGGGCUCCGUGCUCCACCUUUUCCUUGCUCUCUGCCUGUCUGAGUUUGCUUUCUUCCCACAGGAAUCCCAGAAUCACGGCAGAUUCCCUGGCAUCUUCCUUCACUCCCUUGGCUCUGCCUCCCAUGCUAGCUCCACUUCUGGAAUUUUGUCCCGCUGGGCUGGGCCCUUUUUCUGCUCCCCUGGCUUGGUUCUGUUUCCCUCUCCUCGUUCUAGUUCUUGCUCUGCCGUCUCCUGGCUCCUCCUCAGACUUAGCUCCAAUCCCUCGGCCUGAUCUUGUAUCCUGGAUCCAGCUGUCCCCCUAGGAUUGGUUUUGCUUCUUUUUGCUUUUCGCAUCCUGCUUGGACUACCUACCUGAUCCGGGGCUCCAAAGGCCCCCUGUGGUUUCCUUCCUCAGGCCCAAGAUGAGGCCCCCUACCGACCCAAAGGGGUGGUCCUCCUGACUCUCCAGGACCAGGGUGGCACCCUUCAGGUACUCAGGGCCCAGUACAGCCCUGCCCUGGUACUUUGGACGCCAGAUGACAGCCCUUUGCAGAUAAGGAUCACAUGCCUGGUCCGUGCAUGCUAAACCCCUGGAUCUGUCGGCCCCUGCAUGCUAAAAGGACUUGGAUUUCUGAAUUGUGUCAGUGUCGGGGCUUAGCUCCCUCUUUCUGCCCCUUCCCUUCUGCUCCCUCUUCUGGUCCCAUUCACAUUUCCUCCCCACCCCCAACUCUGUUAUCCCAGGCGGAAGCUGAGAUCUGAGCCCCCAGGAUGGAGAUGUGGGGAAAAGCACUUUAUAGCGGACUCAUUAAAACUCAAAACCAUUACUGAUGUGCUCAACUCCUCUUGAAUCCCCACCUAAGCUGGGGGUGGGUCGGUUGGUGAUUUCGAGAAUGCGGUCCCACGAGAGGACCCUAAGCUUUCUGCCCUGGCUUUGCAUUUAUUUGUAUUUCAUUCAUUGGACACACAUUCACUGGCCUGUUUUGUGCCUGUCCUGUGCUGGGCACUGGGGGGGCAACAGCCCGUCCGGGCCCUCACAGAGCCGACAGUCCACUGGGGGAGACAGACAUUAAUAAAAUAUUCUGGUAAAUAAA